AUGACUAAGAUGGGCUUCUCGGACACAUGGGUUUCAUGGAUCAUGUCAUGUGUAUCUUCAGUUUCCUACCAAGUCUUAUUGAACGGAGAUGCAAAAGGACAUAUACAACCCACUCGAGGUCUCCGCCAAGGCGAUCCACUUUCACCAUUCUUGUUCAUCAUCCUAACUGAAGCCCUAAUAGCUCAAAUCCGUGGAGCAGAAGAAGAAGGGAAAAUCACGGGCCUCAAGAUAGCACGGAAUAGUCCACCCAUAUCGCACCUCCUCUUUGCUGAUGAUAGCCUUUUCUUCUGUAAAGCUACUAUCCCGCAAUGUGCGGAGCUCAUGAGGAUCAUAGAAACGUACGGCCGUGUCUCUGGCCAACAGCUAAACACAGCCAAAUCCUCAAUCUUUUUUGGAAAAAAGGUUCCCCCGGACAUACGUACUGCUCUCAAGCAAGCUCUUGGCAUAAAUACAGAAGGAGGUAUGGGUACAUACCUAGGGCUUCCAGAGAACAUAAGUGGCGCUAAAACUAAGGUCUUCACCUUUAUACACGAUCGCCUGAGUAAGCGUAUAAAUUCGUGGUCGGCAAAGCUCUUAUCAAAAGGGGGAAAAGAAGUGAUGAUUAAAUCUGUGGCUCAAGCCUUGCCCACUUAUGUAAUGUCGUGUUUUCUUCUCCCCCAAGCAACCAUAAAAAAACUCCAAGGUGCUAUCUCAAAAUUCUGGUGGAGUACAAAACAGAAUAAUAGAGGUUUACACUGGAUUGCAUGGGAGAAGAUUUGCUUACCAAUGGACGAAGGAGGCCUAGGAUUUCGUGACCUACAGAACUUUAAUCUCGCCUUACUAGCGAAGCAAUUAUGGCGAAUCUUCCAUUACCCUUCGUCUCUCUUGGCAAGAGUCCUCAAGGGCCGCUACUUUUGGUCGUCAAACCCUCUAGCGGGUGAAAGAGUUAACUCUCCAUCGUAUGGAUGGAGGAGUAUGAUGGCUACAAGAGAACUACUUGUCUCAGGGAUGAGGAAGGCGAUAGGUACAGGUGCGAAUACAGUCGUAUGGCGAGACUCAUGGAUUCCCACCGAUCCCCCACGCCCGCCAACUCCUCUUAGUGAUCAGCAAGAUCCAUACCUUCUCGUCUACCAUCUCAUUGAUCAACAGACGAAAGAGUGGAAGACAGAUGCCCUCAAUAGUUUAUUCACAGAAGAGGAUGUACGGCGGAUCCAAGCUAUACGUCCGGCGCGGCUGCCACAGGCAGACAAGCUGGUCUGGGCAUAUACGAAAUCAGGUGCAUAUACAGUCAAGUCGGGAUAUGAUCUCGCUGCUAAAAGAACGGUGAGGGACGUACCAAACCAGGUAUUAGAGCCAAGCACUACGGGCCUAAAAAGAAUAGCUUGGAAAACAAAGACAACAAAGAAGCUAAAGCACUACAUAUGGCAAUGUAUAAGUGGAUGCAUCGCAGUGCGAGAUCGUCUAGUCGACAGACAUUGUGGCACAGACCGGUCAUGUCCUAGAUGUGGAAAUAGCACGGAAACCGUUAAUCACUUGUUGUUUGAAUGCCCAGAAGCAGUUAGGGUCUGGGAACUCUCUAAUUUUCCCAUUACUCCGGGGGUUUUCCCGUGUAAUAACCUCCUUAGCAACUUUGACUAUCUCUUGCUGAGAGCGAAAGAAACAGGGGUACAAGACCAUACGCUAUCAACAUUUCCAUGGAUACUCUGGUUCCUAUGGAAAGCACGCAAUGUCAAAGUCUUCGAUAAUGUCGAUGUACACGCCAUAUGUACUCUUCAAUCGGCGAUUUCGGAGUCCGACGCUUGGCGUAAAGCACAAGAGAAGGAACAAAACAAGAAGCGAGACACGCCACGGGAGCCAUCAAGUCAUCAGGACGAAACAAAUAUACACCUUCCAAGAUGUCAGGUCGAUGCCUCAUGGGGUAUCGACUCUAACUUUAGUGGAGGUGGUUUUGUCCUCGACACAACAGAUGGCCCUACGAUAUUUGGAGCUACAGCUUUUAACCAUGCAUUAUCCCCACUGCAUGCGGAAUUUUCAGCAAUGGUAUGGGCAAUGCAAUCCGUCUUGAACUUGGGGAUAAAGUCUAUGAGUUUCGAGACCGAUUGUAUGCAACUCACCAAGCUAAUGGAAGACGAAGUGGUGUGGCCGGCCUUGGCCACAGAACUUGAGGAAUUUAAACUUAUUAGAUCAUCUUUCGAUGUUUUUGCUAUUUCUUUCAUUCCACGUUUGUUUAAUGUCCGUGCCGACUGUCUCUCAAAAGGAGCCCGAGCACGAGGUUUUCUAUUCGCCUAUGUAAACCCUUUAACUCCGAGUUGGUUAGCUCACGAAGCUAAUCUCCGCGGUACAACUUAA